AAGCCCAAACUAAAUAAGCAUAAACAAAAUAAACCUUAGAAUACAGUAGUUACAAGUAUUCAGUAGUUAAUUGACCCUGGAUCUCAUCCAGCUGUUACUUGAAAGUCACAUGGCUCAGUAGUUUGUCCCACAUUCCCACAAAUCCUUUGCACGAAGGAGCGCCUCCAGUCCUCAGUUGUAAAUGCACUUCUAAGAAGAAAACCGGCUAAGAUUUACACCUCAUAAAUCUGCACAAAUGCUAAUAAAUGUGCUAUAUACUGACCAUAAAAAGCAUAUCACUUAUAACCGCAACAAAAUCGGGAAGUUAUAAGACACAAAGUUCGUCAUUUUUGUGGCAGGUGCUCUGACAUCUUGUUGAACAGAUAUGACCUGGGAACAAAACCAGUUCACCCCCGCAGACGCGUAGCCCCACUGCACACAUUUUCCAUCUCGUGUGUUCACUUCUCGUAUCUGGGCAAAAGCACCUUGUAGUGGUGAGCUCACGCUUUUUAUUUUCAAUGUAUUCCUUCUUUUGACCGGGUAGGUCGAUUUUGAGAACAAAUUCGCAUUUACCAAACCCGGAGACGCAUUUACAGUAUAUGUACAGCUGGGAAUGGGCUGGAGCAAUCUGAGUAAUGUGAACCGUUUCUUUAACUGCGUUAUCGCCUUGUCCACGCUGUUAACCUCCGUUAUAAUAAAUGUCAAGUUUACAUUUUAAAGCCGUAAUUGAACGCUUUUCUUCAAGCGUCCAACACACUGACAGUCCCUAACAAGACGUUAGGGUACGGACCGUAGUUAAUGAAUUGUGCAUUGCAUUUUGGGAUUUGUAGUUCUAUACAGCGCUCUGCGCAUAAAUAUGGUAUUUAAAUAAACUACAAUACCCAUAGACGAUAGAAAUCGGUUACCUAGGUUUUGUUUUAGCAUUAACUGUAGAAAAGUUAGUGCCACAAAACAGUUGUUUCGGACAAUGUUCUUUCGCACUUGAUGGAUGCAUUUUAAUCCAUCAAUUUAAUAGCCGAGUUCGGCUCCCUCUCGUCCUCAGGUUUGUCGGGACACAGCGUUAUUCCGUAAACGGUGUUUCCACACUGGGCGAGUCUGGAAGCGGUGUUUGGAGAGGUAACAGGCUGGCGCAGGAUGGACGCGGAGGAAGCCCGGACGAUUGUGGUGGCGGGUGUCCCGGACGAUGCGCUGGACCGCGGCAGGAUGGCGGACAAGCUGGUCAUUCACUUUCAGAGAGCGAGGAGCGGCGGGGGCGAUGUGGCGGCGAUCCGCUACCCGACAGCUUUCAAGGGCGUUGCCUUCAUUACGUUUGAGGAGCAGAGGGACGCAGACCGGGUGCUUCAGAUGACACAGACCCUGCAAGACCCAGAGCUGCUUGAAGAAUAUCCUCUGACCGUUUACCCAUUCUCUCAGGACGUGUUUUGCUAUGCCCGUGCGGAGGUGGACCUGUCGCUCUUCGGUGAUGGUGGAAACGUGCUCCGGGGCCUGCGGUCCACCCGCAGGCCGGUCAGGGUCACGGUGGCGCCGCCACACCGGUGGGCCCUGGUGGAGGGGCCCUUCACGGCCGUCAGGGAGCUGAGAGAGGAGCUUUCCAAACUCGCGGGGCGCGAGGGCCGCCAGCAGCCCCUGAGGCUGGGUGCAGAGGGGCCGGCGAAGUCCCCCACGAAGCAGGUGCCCGGAGCGGGCGCCGGGGAGUGCUCGGUGUGGCUGGACUCGAACGUGUUCAGGUACGUUCAGCAUUAUCACAAAGAGGACCUGGACCGCAUUUCGCGUGAGUAUUUCGUGGAACGCACAACAGAGGUGCAAGGAGAGCUUACCUGCAUAACCCUGACCGAGAGCGCCAGAGGGCCUUCUCAGCUCCGAAGGGCCCACCUGGAGCUCCAGGAGCUGCUGGCGGACCUGCAGCGCCCGUUACGCACUCAGAUCAUCCAGUACGGGGGGGGGGGGCGAGGCUGAAAGGGAGGGGCUAGCGGAGGUCUGCGAGGAAGCAAAGCUCCUCUGCGGCAGGGUUCUCGUGGCUCCUCUCGUCCCCCAUAUCGAGGUCACGGGCCCCCCUUCCAGCUGCCUCUUGUUCUGUCAGCUGGUUGAAGAGAAGAGGAAACGUUUGCGCGUGACCACCGAGCCGGAUGAGGGCCUGACAGUCAGCUCCAGCCGCUACAGCAGAGGGGCAACAGGGGACCCACGUCUCCCCCAUAGUGGGGUGAGACAGGGAGCUGCUCAACAGAGGUGACAGACCAGCAGCAGCAGCACACUUGGCAAAUACUGUGACAUUCAGACCAUUAAUAAAGCGUUUCAGCCACUGUCUUGCUUAACCUGUUGUCUGAAAUUUCACAGGAUGUAUUGAACAAAUGUAGGACAGGGUCUGUGCUUGUGACAAUAACUAAGAAUAGUUUAAACAUGAAGAGCUGCAGAAUAUACUGCAUAUGUGAAGAUAAGAAUGUUUGCAAACGAGCGGAGGCAUUGGGCCCACAUACUGUAGCUCGUUUGGCUGUUAGUAGCUGAUUGGUCCGAGGAUCUUGAGUAGCAGUCUUGUGAAGGACUCUUGGACAUCAGGUUCAAUAAGCAGUCAGGGUGGCUUGUUCCAGACACCCACGGCCCUUUGUGUACCUCCUGCUCUGAGUUUUUCUGUUUCCUUCCCCUGAGUCUCCAGUUGUGUCCUCUGGUUCAUGUUUCAGCAUUGAUUCUGAAGAAAAAAGCAUCAAGUUGCACUGUCAACAGCUCUGGGAAUCCAGGUGUUCAUGCAUGAAUGAAGGGCUUCUUACAACAUAACCUAUUUACUGUUUCUUAUAAAUGUAUGCUUUUAAAUGUAAAGCCUGUGUGGUUUUUAUUUUAGUUUUUCAAUGAAAAAGGAUUUAAGACCACAAGUUUUUUUUUUUAUUUGUUAGAAGUGCAGAAGUCUGAUGUGUACAUUUCUCAAGCUACAGCAUGCACAGUAGGAUUUAUUCUCUUUUACUUCUCUCUUGGUUCAACACAUAGUAAUUAAUGCAUUCAUUAAAGUACUUAAAUUAAAUGCUGUCGUAAUGCUCUUGCAUGAAAAGAAUCAAUUUGACACUUUGCAUUUUUAUUACUGAGUUUUUGAAAGCUAUAAAUUAUACAACCCUGCAGAGUCUUAGUACUACUUAUUAUUAAUAAGACAAAAUAAAUCAUUCCAAUAUUCUGUUUUGCAAUAAAACACUUUACUGAAAAUUAAUUUAUUGUUUUUAUGAUAAUGAUUAAUAACGUGCACCAUUAUCGAAUUUUGACUUCUGGCUUAUUUUAAAUGUAUACAUCUUAUACUAGUGUUUGUUUUAAAAAAGAGUCAUAGUUCUGUUAUCAGUAUUCCAAUGCUUUGUUCAAUUUAAUUGUUUUUCUUUCCUGUAUGAAACAGAUGAACUGUAGAGGUAAAACUGUUAAUGUCGAAUGUGUGCAUAGUGAAUACGGUUUAUCUGGACCGCGAGCUGUAGUUGAUGUAAUUGAAAGUGACACCAGAGGGAGCUCUAGACUAGAAAAAACAGUUGAGCUGAGUGAUCCUUCACAAUCAGUGCAGGCCUGGAAUCUGUCAUGCUUAUCCAAGCGACUCCAGACAUUUAGAUCUGACAGCCAGACUUUAGAUGGAUUGAUUAGGAGGCAAACCACAUAUUUUUGUAAAAACUGGAGUGCAAUCACUUAUGCCAGAUUUUAAAUUUAAACCUUGAAACCCUGUCGCCUUUUGCCUCUAGACCUAAUCUCACCCAGAUGCCUGACUGUGACUGCAUGGAAAUAUUUUUAAAAAGCCAUCUCUACUGAUUAUUUUCUAGUUUUGUAGCUUUGCCACUGCAUAAUUUCCAGAAUGUUUCUGAAUAUUAAUGUUUUUUUUUUAAGUGAGGUUUGUUUCGGUGGCUCAGAAACUAUCCUUCUAUCCUUUCUAUCCUUGGUUCUGUGGUUGUUUUCAAAUAAAACCACUCAAAAGUCAGAUGGAUCCAUUGCUAUCAGGUAAUCUGGUAUUUUCACAUAGCAACACAGUUUAUAAAAUGUAGAUUUUCAUAAAAAAUAAUCGUGUCGUCUGUGAAACAACAAAGCUUUACAAAUAUAUUAUCAGCACCUGUGUCUUAAUAUUUGAAUUGACACCACAUAUGGACAGUAGACAUAAAUAAACACAAGAAUAAUA